AGAGUAGUGGAAUGACACAUAUAAAUACGCAAUGUAGUGGCUAGUAAUACCCAGCCCCCGCUCUACCUCGACACUACCUCGACACUACCUCGACACUACCUCGACACUAUCUCGACACUACUUCGACACUAUCUCGACACUAUCUCGACACUACCUCGACACUAUUUCGACACUGCCUCGACACUAAAGCCAGUUGAAUAGUAUCAAGAUGGACAACGGAGCUGUGAAGGGCCGGCAUGGCAAGGAAUCCUUCGAUCACAUAUGCAAGGUGAUGCUAAUAGGCGACAGCAGUGUGGGUAAGACAUGUCUACUGGUCAGAUUCAAGGACGGAGCAUUCCUCGCCUGUAGUUACAUCUCAACAGUCGGCAUAGACUUCAGGUCGAAGAUAGUAAAUCUGGAUGGAACUAAAGUAAAAUUACAGAUAUUUGAUACGGCUGGUCAGGAACGGUUCAGGAGUUUAACUCAUUCUUACUACAGAGACGCACAUGCUUUGCUUUUGGUGUAUGACGUUACCUGCAACGAAUCAUUUCUUAACGUUCGUGAGUGGUUGACAGUAGUGGAGGAGCACGCAUCCCCAGAUGUGAUAGUCAUGAUACUGGGAAACAAGGCGGACAUGAACGGGGAACGAGUUGUGAAGACUGAACAGGGGGAAAGGCUAGCCAAGGAGUACGGAGUAGCUUUUUUGGAAACUAGUGCUAAAACUGGCCUAAACGUGGACUUGGCUUUCAUGGCAAUCGCAAAGGACAUUAAAGCAAAACGUUCGUUGCGAUCAGCCGACAAAGACUUCAACAUGGGCGAGUUCAUUGAUUCCAAAAAGCAAUCUUCCAGCUGCUGUUAAUUAAGUUAAUACAUUAAUUAUGUAAUGCAAAUAUUAACAAACGCUAUAUGAACUUUACAUGUAGAGUUCAUAUAGCGUUUGUUCUUAUCUAAUGGCUGUUAUGCCUUUUGAAUUUUACAGAUCUAAGGGAGUUAGAAAUUGCAUAUGAAGCUUUACUUGGUGAACUCACAAUAAUUUAUUUAAUUGUAAGAACGUUUGUUGAUUUAAAUUAUUUCCGUUAAUGACGUGGCAUUUAUAAAAUUUGUAUUUAGUGAGAGCAACAAACCAUUUACCAUCACGCAUCUGUCUCAAGGCAAUUCGGUUGACAAUGUAAUGUAUUCAUAAAAUUAGAAUAAUAUAUUUUCAUAAACAAAAUAAGAUGAUUUAAGGACUUGAUUAAUUGUUAAAAUAAUAAUGGGUUGAUUUUAAAGUGUUUGACAAUCAUCUAGAUUAUGUAUCCGCCUUUAAAA